AUGCAAUCUCGUUGGCUCGCCGCCAUCCUCGCCGUCCUCGCCGUCCGACGGGCCGCUGCUGCUCAGACUGCCGCCGAGCUCAUUGCGGAGGCACGCGCGACCGCUCGCAGGGGCGAUGGCGACCGCGCAGAUUCGCUGCUGAAGCAGGCCGAGCAGGGCCUGCCGGGAGAGGCGCUCAUGCUCCGCGGCAACAUAGCCAUGCACGUGCGGAAGGACGUGGAGGGAGGCAUGGCGCUCUUCCGCGCGUCCAUCGCCGCAGACGCGACGCGGUGGGACUCUCACUACUUUCUGGGCCGCGCGCUCGCCGACCAAGAGCGGUGGGACGAGGCCACCGCCUCGUUCGCCGCCAGCGCAGAGCUCGAUCCCACAAAGUUGACCGUGCUCCUCGACCUCGGAAAGGCUCAGGCGGCCUCAGGAGGCUUCGAGGAUGCCGCCGCGACGAUGCUACGCGCCGCGGCCCUCGACGUGCACAGCAGCCAGGCCCUCCUCCUCCUCGCCCAGACGGCGGUCCAGCGCCGCGAGCUCGAGGCAGCGCUGCGCGCGUACGAAGAUGUGACUGAGCUGCUUCCGUGGCACGCGCAGCCGUUUCUCCAGCUCGCCAGCCUGCGUGUCAGCCUC